UGCACAUAGCAAAUACAACCCCAACCCCACUUCACUCUCAACACAUACACCAUUACACACAAAGUGUGUGUUUUGUUCUUUUUUUGACAAUCUUUGCUCAAAAACUGGUUUUUGUUUCAGAUAAUUUGUGGGUUUUUCAAGAUUUUCAAAUCCCAUGUACACUACAAAUUCUCUUUUAAUUUUAUGUAGUAAAGCUUAAACCUUUAUCUUUAUAAACAUUUUCUUGAAUUUGCACUAUUUGCUCAAAAAAUUGUUUUUGUUUCAGUUAAUUUGUGGGUUUUUCAAGAUUUUCAAUUCCCAUAUACCCUGCAAAAUUUCAUUAAAUUUCAUGAAGUAAAGCUUAAACCUUUAUCUUUAUAAACAUUUUCUUGAAUUUGCAUUAUUUGCUCAAAAAUUGGUUUUUCUUUCAGUUAAUUUGUGGGUUGUUCAAGAUUUUCAUUUCCCAUAUACCCUGCAAAUUUUCAUUAAAUUUCAUGAAGUAAAGUUUAAAACUUUAUCUUUAUAAACAUUUUCUUGAAAUUGGACUGUUUUUUGAAGAAACAAAGACAUGAUGCACACAAAAUCAGAGUCAGAUGUCACCAGUUUAGCCCCAUCAUCACCAUCAAGAUCACCAAAAAGGCCUGUUUACUUUGUGCAAAGCCCAUCAAGGGACUCACAAGAUGGUGAUAAAUCAUCAUCAAUUCAAGCUACACCUAAUUUCAGGAGCCCAAUGGAGUCACCUUCACAUCCUUCUAUGGGUAGGCACUCCCGGAACUCAUCUUCCAGUAGGUUUUCUGGGAUUUUCCGGUCACAUUCUGGCCGGAAAGUUCACCGGAAAAGGAAUGAUAAGGGGUGGCCUGAGUGUAAUGUGAUAGUGGAAGAAGGAAAGUAUGAUGAAUAUGAGGGUGACAAGAGGUUUACUAGAAGGUUACAAGCUUUAAUGGCUCUUUUGAGUUUUAUUGUUUUGUUUACUAUUUUGUGUUUGAUUAUAUGGGGUGCUGCUAGACCUUAUAAAGCUGAGAUCACUGUUAAGAGUUUGGCUAUGAAUAGCCUGUUCAUUGGGGAGGGUUCAGACUCAUCUGGGGUCAUAACCAAGAUGUUGACAAUCAAUGGUUCGUUGCGGCUCGGUGUUCAUAACCCGGCUUCGUUCUUCGGCAUUCAUGUUAGCUCCUCACCGGUGAACCUAAUCUAUUCAGAGAUUGUGAUUGCAACCGGUCAGUUAAAGAAAUAUUUUCAACCAAGAAAAAGUCAAAGGACCGCCAUUGUGAACUUGGAAGCAACAAAAGUACCCUUGUAUGGUGCGGGUUCAACCCUAGUGAUUUCUGAUGCCGGAGCAUUUGAAAUCCCAUUGAAGUUAGAGUUUGAGAUUCGAUCAAAAGGGGAAGUCGUCGGUAAACUAGUAACCACAAAGCACCGGAGGCAAAUUUCUUGCAAUAUCACAUUGUCGUCGAAUAUAAACAAACCAAUCAGAUUCAGAAAGAGUUCUUGCACCUAUAAAUAAAAGAUGAUUUUAAAGAGUUAUUUGUAAAAAUGGAGUGAAGAUUUUAUUUUUUAUUUUUUAUUUUUUAUUGUUUUGAUUUUAUAAGCAAGACAUUCCAUUAUUUGGUAUGUUUUAAAAAUGUGUAAAUGUUGGUUGGUGUGGUAAUAAAAUGUCAUGUGAAUUAAGAUCA